CAUAACUAUUUGAAAUAAAAAAUAAGUUCGUUUAAAAUUAACUAACAAUAAGUUACGUUUAUUAUACAACUUUUUAUCUUUAUUAUUUAACUUUUAACUGGUUACUGCUCUCAAUUCUGUAUAAAAUACGUAUAUGAUUGAACGAUACAAUCAAUGGCCACAAUCGAUCUAUGAAGUGUAGUAAUAUCGGCGUGAGAAAUAAAGAGAAAGCGAAAAUAUGAAGAAUCGUAAUUUUUUUUUCGUGUUUCCGCAGAUAUAUAUCGCUCCUCGAAGUGAGAGAAAAUGCGACGCUUUGAACGAUGACGUCGCAUCCUGAUUAACUCUCGGCAUACGCGUUCGCUUGCAUCCGUCAUGUUCGUAUCCCCGUUGGUAUCUGUGCCCCGAAUAUUAUUCGUAAUAUGACACCUUCGUUAUUCAUUUAACUGCGAAUUUCCUCCUAACACCUACUAUAAAUAACGCAUUGCAAAUGUCUGAUUAAAGUCACAUGUGUUAGCUUUUAUAUGUAAAAAAAAACACAUUAAUAAUUUUAAUUCUCAAUCUUUUUGUAUGUCUUCUUUCAUUUUUAUAAAUUAUAUGGUACAACGAGAGUUUCCACGGCUAUAGGAUAAUUUUCUCGCGGUCAUGAUAAAACGUUGAGAAUAAAGUGUCCAGAAUGGCUGCGGGUCGCGUGGCGGAAAGAGUCAUCUCUCAGCCAGCAUAAACGUACUUCAAAAGCAUAUGGUUUCGCCAUACGGGGUCCUGGAGGACUCCCGAGAGCAAUUUAUCGAUGGUAUAUUUUCGUCGACGUGUGGGCGCUACCUUUUCAAAGGUAGAUUAGACCUAGCCGUCGCGGUCUACAUAUGGGCGCAUUUUUCCGUAUUUCUGGGUGAAUACGACAAGCAAUCAGAUCCGAAGAUACGUAUAACUACGAGCUCUUCCCACCCGCAGUCAUGUUAUAUUGUAUUACGUAGGCGAUCUUGUAUGCGGGACGACGUCGACCAAGUGCGUUUUUGCCCUCGACGACACGUCAUGAGAAAGCGAUUCGCCAUGAAAUCGCGUUCUCACGAAUUAUGUGGGUUCACAUAGUUGGACCGAUUAAAUGUAUAUGAUCUCGUGGGUGUACGAGAUAUUUACGGGAGCGUUAUCGAGCAGCUAUUACAUUACGAAUCAAUUACAGAGUAAGUUAUAUAAUAAUAUGAUAUUGGAAAGCGAGGAUUGUCUCUAAUUUGAUAUUAAAACAGUUUAAGUAAAAAUUAGUUUAUUAUGAAUACUAAAUUAUAUUAAUUUAAAGAGUAUAUUGUGUUUUCUAACAUAUUUGUGCAAUUUAUUAAUAUUUAUAUAAUUUUCAUUACAUAAAAAGUAUCUUGACUGGAAAUCUUUGAUUGGAAUAACAUUAAAUAUUUAUAAAUAUGACCGUUACAUUCACAUGUAAAUUUUGCUACAAUUCAUAAGAAAUAAAGUUACAAAUGCGAUGA